AUGAGGUUCGUCAAAGCUGCGUCGAGGUCAAGUUUGAAAAUACAUUUAUCAUUAGCAUGGCUUGCCGUGGUAUUUUGGAAACUGGCCGGGGCGAUCCACCCAGACUGUGCUAUAAUCUCCCAGCACAUGAAGGCCCAGGAGCUUUGUCUGCUGGCAAGAAGGAAGGAAGCACAGAACAGAACAGGGGUGGCAGGGUGUCGUACGGAAUGGGAUGAGGUCCGCUGUUGGCACAGGGCGGACGUGGGGCAGGUGGUGAACGUGUCCUGCCCGGAGAUCUUCCAGCACUUCACAAACAAUCAAGGGUACGUGUUCCGGAACUGCACAAGGGACGGAUGGACGCACCUGUCCCCACCCUACGAGGAGGCCUGUGACCUCAGCGGGGACAUGGAGCCUGGGUCGGAGAUGGCGUACUUUUCAGCUUUCAGACAGGUGUAUACCACCGGCUACGCCACGUCACUCGUCUCUCUGAUAACAGCCAUCUUCGUGUUCACAGCUUUCAGGAAGUUCCACUGCACCCGGAACUACAUCCACAUGAACCUCUUCGCCUCCUUCAUCCUGCGGGCCAGCGCGGUCUUCAUCAAAGAUCGGGUGCUCUUUGCGGACGAGACCCUGGACCACUGCUUCAUGUCCACUAUUGCCUGUAAAUCUGUGGUGGCCUUCUUCCAGUUCAGCAUCUUGGCCAAUUACUUCUGGCUGCUGGUGGAGGGGAUGUAUCUGCAGACUCUUCUGGCUCUGGCCUUCGUCUCUCAGAGGAAGUACUUCUGGUGGUACAUCCUGAUAGGCUGGGGUUUCCCUUCAGCUGUGCUAGCAGUGUGGGUGCUGACAAGAAUGUUUUACGAUGAUAGGGGAUGCUGGGAUGAUACAGAGAAUGUGACUGUUUGGUGGAUCAUUAAAGGGCCCAUAACUUUGUCUUUGCUGAUCAACUUCCUCAUCUUUAUCAACGUCAUUCGCAUCCUGGUUCAGAAGCUCAAGUCUCCAGGUGUGGGUGGGAGCGACGCAGGUCACUUCACGAGGCUCGCCAAGUCCACCCUGUUCCUGAUCCCGCUGUUCGGGAUGCACUACACGGUGUUUGCGUUCCUGCCCGAGAGCAUGGGCGAGGCCGCCCGCCUGUACAUCGAGCUGGGCCUGGGCUCCUUCCAGGGCUUCGUGGUGGCCUUGCUCUAUUGUUUCCUGAAUGGGGAGGUGCAGGCUGAGGUGAGGAAGAAGCUGUGGAGCUGGCAGAUGCAGGGGCGCCUGAGGCUGGCCAAAAAACGCAAGCCCCCCUUCACAGAGUCCAGCGUCAUCACCCAGGUCACCGCCCCCGAGAAGCCUGGCGCCAAAGUGCCUGCCGAAUGUCCUGUCGUCAUAUCCGCUAUCUGACCUCGGCUAAGAGGGGACGGCACAUGCUCAGGGGUCACAGAAACGUUGGCGUUUGCUGGCC